UUCUCCAUAUAUAUAGACUAUCAGAUUCACUUACAAACUUCACCCUCACUCUCCCACUCUCACUUCUCCCCAACCACCCAAAACCACCACCUCUCUCUCCUCUCCGCCAUGAAAAACCACUGUUAAAUAGAUUCUCCGCCACCAUCGCCGCCACCUCUCCGCCAUGUCAAUAUCAUAUGCUGAUUGUUUAUCCGACUUACUUUGUUCCGAGGAAUCCGGCGAAGUUAUCUCCGCCGGAGAUUCCCCUGAGAUCUCAUCGGAAUGCGAAUCUCCGGUGAUUAUCGAUGACGACGAAUCGAUAAUCGCCGGGUUCAUCGAAGAAGAACGGAACUCAUUCACUAGUUUUAUCGCCUCCGGCGAUAGCGAUCCUGGCUCUCUUUCUCCCUCCACCACCACCACCACCACCGCCGUGUCUAACUCCUCACCCCUCUUGGAUUCUUCCGCUCGCUCUCGAUCAGUAGCAUGGAUUUUCAAGGUGAGAGCGUUCUAUGGAUUUCAGGCAGAGACAGCAUACCUCGCUGUCAACUACUUAGAUCGCUUUCUAAGUUGCCAUCAUAUACCACAAACAGGUGGGUGGCCAUUACAACUUUUAUCAGUUGCAUGCUUGUCACUAGCUGCCAAGAUGGAGGAACCUCUUGUUCCUUCCUUAUUGGAUAUUCAGGUUGAAAGUAAGAAAUUCGUUUUCGAGCCUAAGACGAUCCAACGUAUGGAACUCCUCGUGCUUACGGUUUUGAAUUGGAGAUUACGACUUGUCACACCCUUUACCUUCAUUAGUUUCUUCGCGUACAAGGUUGAUGUUACAGGAUCGUACAUUGGCCUUUUAAUCUCACAAUCAACCGAUCUUAUUCUCUCUAAUAUACGUGCAGAGGGCAGCUUAGUGGAAUACUGGCCAUCAAGCAUAGCAGCAGCUGCCAUACUUUGUGCAGCAAGUGAAAUACCAAGUUUGUCCUUUGUCACACCUGAGCAUGCUGAGUCAUGGUGCGAUGGGCUUUGUAAAGAAAAGAUAAUGGAUUGCUACAAAUUAAUGCAACAAUUUGUGGUUGAUCAUAGGAGAAGGAAAUCCAUCAAAGUGAUACCACAACUCAGAGUUACAGCAAAAAUUACAAAAAUCAGGUCAUUUAAUGACUCAUCUCCAUCUUCAUCUUCCACCUCAUCACCAUCACCCUUCUCUAUUAAAAGGAGAAGAUUAAACAAUAAUCAUUCAUGGAUGGAUGAUGAUCAUGAUCUCUAAAAAUCCUACAAAAAAACUUUUUUUUUUCUUUCUCCAUUGGAUGGGUUUUUAGUUAAAUUUUCAAUUAGCCAAAAAAAAUAUUUUUUUUUUUUGGGCAUUGCCAUUUAUUUAAUCAAGAAAAAAUGGCUUUUGCACACUCCCAAGGGUGUUGGGAGAUUGUCUAGUACAAUGUAUAUGUGUACAUGAUUUUGUGUGACAAAACAAAUAAACAAUAUAGUGGUGGAUGAGAUUAGGAGAGAAAAAUAAUAAUAAUAAUUUAAAAAAAGAGGUGGAGGAGUUUUGAUAGUGGGAGUCAUGGAAGUGGGGGUGUUGAUAUUGCAAAUUCAAAGGUUGCAUUGAUUAUUGAAUGAAUGAGAUGAAGAUUUUUCUUUUGGGAGAAAAAUGUGGGGUCCUUUUCAUUGUAUAGGUGAUGAAAAAUGAGGUUUGUGAGGGGCAAAUUCCAUAAAUUUCAAAAUGGUUGAUUUUUUAAAGAUAUAUUUUUAUUUUAUUUUGGGAGAAAUAAGCCUAGUCUUUCUCAAUCUCAAUUUCAAUCUCUACCUAGGUUGCAAUAAAUGCCAAUAAUCCAAUCAAGAAAAAGAAGAGGGAAAAGUUGAAAAGAAAGGAGAUAUGCAAGAAUGAAUAAGAUGGGUUGUCAAUUAUUAUAUCAGAAUUGUUACAUUAGGAAAAAAAAAAAUCACCUAAAACUUCGUUAGAGUGAUGUGUUACACAAAUCUGUAGAUGGAGCAGUGUGACGCGUGUGUAUGUUGUGUUUUUUUGGCGGGAAAAAAUUGCGUAAAGCAACCAUAAAUUUUGAUUUUUUUUUCCUUUUUUAUUUAGAGAUGUAAUUGUGAAGCGUGUGACGGUCACACGUGUACAUUCAACUUAAUUUUUUUUUUUUUUUAAUAAAAAAAAUUAACUCCUUUGUUUUUUGGUUAAGGAAGAAACAAUUUGUUAUGUACUCCUUAUGUAAUAUGGCCCCAAAAAAAUGUGGCCAACAAACCAUAAUGCAUGUAAAGGUCCUAGAGGGAGGGGACCUUUAAUGUACUACUAAUAUGUUUGUAUUUGGAAUCAUCAAUAUGACGUAUAUAUUUGUUUUUGGUUCA